AUGCACCAGUAUGAGUUGUUCACCAUGAAAUCCUCUGAAACAAUUCAAGACAUGAUCACUCGCUUCACAAACAUCAUCAAUGAAUUGAACUCUCUUGGGAAAAUCAUAACACCCGAAGAACAAGUAAGAAAGGUUCUAAGGAGUCUUCCACAGGAUCCUUGGAUGGCCAAGGUCACUGCACUUCAAGAAACCAAAGACUUCACCAAGUUCAACCUGGAACAGCUGGCUGGAUCUCUCCUAACCCAUGAGCUACAAUUGAAUGCAAGACCCUCGGAGAAAGAUGAGGAGACAUCCCUAUUUGCUAGAAGAUUCAGAAGAAUGUUUAGAAAUUACAAAGAAGGAGAUCACAAAAGCAAACCAAAUCGAAAAUUCUCCAAAACUGACACUGGAUGCCAUAAGUGUGGAAACCUGGAACAUCGCAUCAGGGAAUGUCCCCUCUGGGAACAAGAACGAGGAAAAGGAAAGGAAACAGCCAAAGACAGAUUCAAAGAUAAUAAGAACCCUUUCUCUAAAACUGAUGUAAGGAAAGCCAUGAUUGCUGCAUGGGGAGACUCUUCUUCAGAUGAGGAACAUGAUCAACCUAACGAAGAAACAGCUCACCUUGACUAUGAGGAACUCCUAAAAGAAAAAUUAGAUUCGGAUAAGAAACACCAAACAACUGUCAAAGAACUCACUGAGGAGUUAGAAUGGACCAAAAAUACAAACAUAGAUAUCGACAAUCAUUUCUUUAGUAUCUUUGAUCAGAACCUUCACAUAAAAGAAAUUUGUGAAGCCUUGAGAAAUGAGAACUCCUGGCUAAAACAAGAACUGAUUGACCUAGAAAUAGCCAAGACCAAAACCCUUUAUAAAAAUGAGCUAGAAAGAACUCAACUUGAACUAGUCAAGAUUCACCAAGAAAAGACUAACCUAGAAGGAGAAUUGGCUAGAAAGACUAGACACAGAAUAGAAGGAACACCUAAAUGGAUAGAAGAAGCUAGAACCAAACGCACAGGAGGAUUAGGUUUCAAUCACAAGAAACAUCACCAUAGAAAGACCAGAGUAGAACUCUACAGUGACAUAGUAUGCACCUUCUGUGGUCUAAUUGGUCAUUAUAGAGUCUCUUGUCCUAAAAACCAAAGAGGCUUGGAAAAGAACAUCGAUCUCACCAAAACUAAAUGGGUCGAAGUGAGGGGGAACAAAACAUGGUACCUAGACAGUGGUUGUUCCAAGUACAUGAUAGGAGAUAGGAACAGAUUUCUCUCACUCACGACCUAUGAAGGUGGAACUGUGACUUUUGGCGAUAACAAGAAAGGUAACAUCAUUGGUAUUGGCAAGGUCGGUAAGUCAAAGUCUCACUCCAUUGAUAAUGUAUUUUUAGUUGAAGGUCUAGGACAUAGUCUCUUAAGUAUUUCUCAAUUCUGUGACAAAGGAAACUAUGCAAAAUUCUUCUUAAAUAAAUGUCUAAUCAUCAACAGUAACACUGAAACAGUGAUCUUAGAGGGACAGAGGAAAGGGAACACCUAUGUGGUCAACCUUAACUUUGUUCCUCACUCCAAUCUGACCUGUCUCAGCGUUAUUGAAGAUGAUCCUUUGUUAUGGCACAAAAGGUUUGGUCAUGCUAGUUUUUCUCUAAUGAACAAGUUGAAUUCAAAAAAUUUAGUCACAGGUCUUCCGAAUACAAAGUUCGCAAAAUUAUCAGUUUGUGAUGCCUGCAUCAAAGGUAAGCAAGUAAGAACAUCUUUUAAAUCUAAGGGAGUAAUCAGUACAACAAAACCACUGGAAUUGAUCCACAUGGAUUUAUGUGGACCAAUGAGAACUCAGAGCAGGAGUGGAAAGAAGUAUGUACUUGUAAUUGUGGAUGACUUCUCAAGAUACACAUGGGUGAUUUUCCUAGCUAGCAAGGAAGAAACAUUUGAAGAAUUCUUAGCAUUUUCCUCUAGGGUUCAACGUCAAAGCAAUCACAAAUUGGUCCACAUCAGGUCAGAUCAUGGUACAUAA